UAGUGCACCGGGUCCACAAUAAUCCGCCUCGCCAAGCGCAUCAUCACGUGCGUACGGUGUAGAUCCCGUGACGCGGUCGGGGCUCCGGCUCCCCAGCGGCCGCGUUCCUUCACUUCCAGUUGAGUCGCCUCCGCCCUCCUGAGGAGAAGGCUUAGUGCAAGUCGGCACCGCUAUAGUACUGUAGUCCACCUUGCAUUCAUUCCUCCGUCCGUCACUGCUCUUCCCGUCCUCUCCUCACCUCUCACCAUCUCGACCUCCCACCACGACCUCGAUUCUUAACCCUCCCCCCUCCCCCCCCUUUUCCCGACUCCGACCGUCGACCCCGGAUCUUUCCCUCUCCUUCGCGCCGCCGCUCCCACCCCCGUCCCGUUUCGUUUUCUCCCCCCAACACGGUUCGCCAGAAUGAUGAUGGUCUGAAGGGCCGCGUGCGACGGGUCACUCUGCCAGCGAUUGAGGAUAAGGUCGGCCGCGGGCUGCUCUCCGACCAUGAGGGACUCGGCUCCAGCCCACUUGACGCCUCGCCAGAUCUGGGCUCAACCAACCACCACCACCACCCGCACCUAUGAAUCGGGCUGCACCCCGUUCCUCUUGCCCAGUGAUGGCUAUGUCUAUUUGAAUCGCUCCUACUCCCUCACCCUCACCGAAAAUGCCAUCUACGAUCCGGUCUGUACCAGUACGCAAACCGCCACCGCCCAUGCGGUCGCCGCCCUCGAUCUCACCGACCCCUUCUACUCCUCCGUGACGCCCGCCUUGUACGCCAUGGGCUGUACAACCGUUGUCAGCUACCUUCUUGUCAUCAUCCUCCUCAUCACCCCCCGCACCUUCUACGUCGGAGGCCCCGGUGGGGGCGCGAACUUCCUCGGGCGCCACGGGAUGAUCAGCAGUUCGUACAGCGGGAACUCGUCCGUCGUCGGGGUCGGGGGACGGCCGUGGCUCCAAAAGGUCGCGGCCUUGCUAGUUGCCGUCUCCCUCACCAUCGCCACCGUCGACUCAUUUCGAGUGGCCGAGAAACAAUAUUACUAUGGCUACUCGGACGCCGAAGCGCUAGCCGACGAAGUCAUUGACGGUCUAGAGAUCCGAGUGGUCAGGAUCAUUUCUAGCACCUUCCUCUGGCUUGCCCAGAUCCAGACGCUCAUCCGACUUUUCCCUCGGCACAAGGAGAAGAUCAUGAUCAAGUGGGCCGGGUUUGCGUUGAUUGUUUUCGACACCACCUUUAGUAUCUUAGACAAGUUCCUUGUGAAGACCGACACCGUCCAUCCGCGCCUGUACGAAGACGCGAUCCCCGCUCUCAGCUAUUUAUUCGAACUUGCUCUCAACCUACUGUACGCCGCCUGGGUCAUCUUCUACUCGCUUUCGAAACACCGGUUUGCCUUCUUCCACCCGAAGAUGAGGAACAUCUGCCUGGUGGCCUUGCUAUCGUUAUGUGCGGUCCUCAUCCCGGUCGUGUUCUUCGUUCUCGAUAUCGCCAAGCCCAAGAUUGCGGGAUGGGGUACAUAUGUGAGAUGGGUUGGCUCGGCUGCGGCAAGUGUCGUCGUUUGGGAAUGGGUGGAGCGCAUUGAGGCACUAGAGCGCGAUGAAAGGAAGGAUGGGAUUCUCGGACGGGAGAUUUUCGAUGGGGACGAAAUGCUGGAAGUGACUCCGUCGGAGGAAGUCGAUUGGCCGCGCUUUAAUCCCGAUGGCAAUGAUCGCGGCGGAGGGGCGGGUACUUCCUCGGGAUGGGGAGGCAUGAUGGGUCUGGCUCAUCGGCCGUUGCGCACCAGGGUCGGCCGUAACUGGCAGUCAGCUCUGGAACACCAACAACACACCAUCCCCGUUGACGCUCGGCGCCGGAGAGUGGUUCCCCGGCCUACUCCUCCCCCAGCAGCCGUGACGCCUGUUAGCCGGGCCGACACAACCAGCGCCGCCAGCACGGUGUACAACGUCCAUUAUCAUCCGGUUUCCAGUCCAACUCCGCCUGUGGCGAUGCCGCAUAUGGAGGAAGAAGAUGAAGACAUGGAUGAAGCGGUAGCAGCCAAGGAGAUGUCGGCAGCUCUGGGCGAACAGCAACCCAACAUGGCCCAUGAUGCGCUGGCGGCACAACAGACCAGGGAGCAAUCUCCACAGAUCGUCCACGUGGAUAAAAGAUGGCGAACGCUAUUCAAUCCUUUCAAACGGAGGCGCGCAUCCUUACCCAGGGAAGUUGCUUCUGCACAGGCCGAGGAAGAAGGGAACCCCGCUGCUGCUCAGGUUGAACAGCAGCACCUAUCCCCGGAUAAUAGUGACGACGAGCACAGCCUGCAUCCAAGGACCGAGUCUCUCUUUGGCUUCCAUCGGAGACUGAGGCCUGGGUCUGGCCGGCAAGGGUCCGACUCUCCCUUGCCCGUGACUGUCAUUCCCGCUCGGCGCCGAGGCCAACAGACCUGGUCGCCGCAACAGUUCCACGCACCUAGCCUUCCCGAAACGACGGGAUCCCACCAGCGCCUGCCGUCCGGCCGCGAUGAUCUACCCGUGAGGGUGAUCCGACCGCAGACCCGCACCGCCGCUCCAUGGAGCGUAGCCGAUGGGGAAGGGUUUGGCAAUGGGGAUUAUGAAUUGCGAUAUGAUCCUGAGGCGGCCGCACUCGUGGAACCUGGCGGGCAUCGCAUUGAAUCUCCGCCUGCGCCGGAAGCCGAUGGCUCGCCCCGUGAGCCCCCGGGCCAGGACCUCGACGCGACAGAAGGAGCUCGGUCACCAGCUCACCAUAUGCAGGAUGCGGGCAAUGAAGAGUCCCGGGGUGCGCCGUAGUUUCUUUCCGUCGGAUUUAUUACUUCUAGUUU